AUGGACACAGUCUCCAUCUCAGCUCUAGGCUGGACCCGAGGUGUUCUUGGCCUACUCAUCACAGCACUCCUGAUCUUAUAUUGGUAUUUCCGCAUACCAUCCGAUAUGCCCAAGAACAUACCCACAGUUCCAAUCUAUAUAUCUCUUAUAGGCCUUUGGAGCGAGAUGGGCCAAGAUACAAUCUAUGACCGCUGGCUCCGACCACCCCUGGAGAAAUAUGGUGCUGUACAAAUCUGGUUCGCUGGCCGGUGGAACGUCCUUGUGACACGGCCGUCAUACCUCGUGGAUAUGUUCCGGCAUGAAGAUGUUUAUGCAAAAGCAGGCAGCCAGAAGAAGAUUCCAUGGAGCGUGAUCGCAGCGCUAGUGGGUGAUAAUAUUAUCAAUGCGCAUGGGGAGAAUUGGAGGCUUUUUACUUCAAUAAUGAAGCCUGGCUUGCAGAGGAGAAUUACAGAUUCGGGACCGUUGUUAGAGAAGUCGAGGUUAUUUGUUGAUAUCUUGUUGAACGAGCAGGAGAAGGUAGGGAUGGGUAUUGCUGUCAAUGCUAUUAUUCAGCGUUGGGCGCUAAGCUGUAUGGGAUUGAACUUUAUGGGUGUGGAUCUUGAGUCAUUGGAAAAGCCUGGGCAGCGUCUCGAAGAACUGCAGACUAUCAUCAAAAAGACUCUUUUCAAGCCUCUCUUUUUCAACUUCCCUGACCUGGACAAAUUCCCUUCUGUGUUUCCUCAGCGGAAGGUGGCAUUCGCUAUCAUGCAAGAGUUUGGCGAUCUACUAUGCGAGACGGUCCGAAAACGCGCACCAGUGACCUACGGAAAAAAUAAUAUGGAACAAGUAGUCGACCUACUCGAUUGUGCCCUCAAAGAAGGAAAGAUCAGUGAAGAACAAUACCGCAAUAACCUCAAGGUCACAUUCCUAACCGCCCACGAAAACGCCCAGCAGCUGCUUAAUUCCGCCUUCUGGGAACUGGGUAAUAACCAAGCCAUUCAGAACAAACUCAGAGCCGAGAUCCUCGCCAUGGGAAUGCUAAACCCCUCGGCUGACGACAUUCACUCAAUGCCUUACCUCUUCGCCGUCGUCCUCGAGCUUCUCCGACUCUAUCCUCCAGUCUCCCAGCUCAUCAACCGAGUCACUACAUCCAAGACCGUCCUAGGUGGCGACAUCGUGAUCCCAAACCACACAUGGGUAGGCUGGAAUGCGCUCGGUGUACACACUGACACACAGGUAUGGGGACCUACAGCUCGAGAAUUCAUCCCUGAACGCUGGGGAAGCGACGUGAAAGCGAUUCAAAACACAGUGCGAAGCAAAACCACGCAAUGCCACUUCAUCGCAUUCAAUGCACACUCCCGAAAGUGCCUCGGCCAAGGUUUUGCAGUCCUACAGAUGAAGAUACUGCUAUUCGAGAUGGUCCGACGAAUUGAAUGGGCGGUUGAUCCAACCUAUGAAUUGAAACUGACAUCGGGUGGUAUAUUAGCACCGCUGAUGCUUCGCGUGAUCCUGCGAGAGAGGAAAUGA